UGGGAAUCACCACUGUGCCGUGGUGAAUUGAAUUGUCGCACAGUUGUGUUUUCACCUGCUUUGACUGAUAUUCAGGUCUGAAAGUGUUUAAAACCCUGAUUAAAAUAAUAAAAUGCAGGGCUGACAGUGAGCCGCCGCCGCCGCUGUACAGCCCCGGACACACAGCCUGCAAAUCACUGGCGUUCCUCUAGCAAACAACCAUGGCGGCACCCAUGGAGCUGCUGUGCUGGGGAGGAGACUGGGACUUACCGUCCGUACACACAGAAUCUCUCAUAGUUCUGGCAUAUGCAAAAUUUUCUGGUGCCAGUCUCACAGUUAAGCCAGUGGAUUGGACUUGGAGGACUAUUACAGCCUCUAUUCCACAACUGUACUGUGAGGGAUCUUCAGCAACAGAGCCAGCACAGAUUCUGAACUUACUCCGAAAAAAUAGAUUCAAUGCAGACUACGAGUUGUCAGCCAAGCAGGGAGCUGAUACCAUGGCGUACAUCGCACUACUGGAGGAGAAGCUGCGGCCUGCUUUGCUCCAUACGUUCUGGGUGGAUGCAGAAAACUAUGCCAACCUGACGAGGCCGUGGUUUGCGUCACACUCUCCAUUCCCUCUCAACUUCUUCGUCCCAGCACGGCAGGCCAGCUUGGCUCUUUCCAGAAUCCUUCUGACCAAAGCAGAGGCACCACUUCACUCCAUCACUGAGGUGGAGGGAAAGAUCUACAGUGAAGCCAAAGAGUGUCUGAAUCUGCUCUCUCACAGGCUGGGGACCUCACACUACUUCUUUGGGAACAUGCCUACAAGCCUGGAUGCCUUUGUGUUUGGCUACCUAGCUCCUCUCCAUAAAGCCAGUCUGCCCAGUGGUCAGCUCCAGCAGCAUCUGAAACAGCUUCAUAACCUCUGCCAGUUCUGCAGCAGCAUCCUCAAAAACUACUUUACUGAGGCUGGCUCCGGCUCUUCUCCCGCUAGCCAGGAUGCCGUCGAUGCAAACCUCCAGAAACUGACGCAGCUUGUUAACAAAGAGUCCAACCUUAUUGAAAAGAUGGACGAUAACCUCCGCAGCAGUCCCCAACACAGACCUAGCAGACCCCACCGACCUGAACCUAAACCUUCAUCUCUGGCCACUGAGAAGAACUCAACCCCUGCCUGACAAUCUCAUACUUUCCCAACACUGAUAUCUUUCACUGACUAUUUAUUUAUAUUAAUAUAUUAUCUGAAUGGCACUUGAAGCAGUCUGUUUAAAUAGGCAGCACUACAGAAGCAGCGCUAGGUUCAUUCUGCUAUCGUGUAUUUAUACUUCUCAGAGCAGUAUGUAAGGCAUUUAAAACAUGGGAUCACAGAUUGCGAUAUUGUAUGCGUAUGGUGUCUAGAAAGGGACAAAAAUGCAGACAUCAAACAGCAGAGUUUCAUAAAGGGCUGAUGAAGAGGUAUAACAUAAGGGCAUUCACUCUAAUUGCCAUUUAACAACAUAGCUGCAAAAAUAAAAGCAAUUUGUGGGUAAAUACAGUCGGCUUUGGUAACAGAGUAGAUCAGAAAAGUCUGAUCAGAGACAAUUUUGAAAGCUCUCAAUCAGCAUGCUUAUUUUUGGUUUAUUUAAGUCGUAUCUGUAUUUAUAUUAUGGAAUAUUGUUCUGUAUAUUAUACUGUAUCUAUACUGUAUGUUGCACUCAAUGCAACAAUGCAAAAUCACCACUUUUUAGUGAUUCUGAACUAUUUUCAUAUAUUCAUAUUGCCAUGUCUGAUAUUUUUAAGGCAAAAAGGGAAUUCAAUUCAAGUGGAUCUUUCAAACCAAGUCUGCAUAGUGGCAAAAAAUUACCAUACUUUCUUUUUCUCUGUUCCAUGUCUGCUUUUGCUCUCUUAUAUCCCUUUAUAGUGGUUGUCUGUAGAAAUUGGCCAGUCAAUCCAGUUACAAUAGCAGACAGUCUUUAUUCCUUUAAUUACAAUUAAAGUUUGCUAUAGUGAAAGUAUAUCAUGUAAUAUAAUUAGAGAAAACGUGAAUAAGCUGUAUCUGUUCCGUCUUAGAAAAACAGCCAAAUGAGUGGAGAUAUUGAAUAACUUCUUUGUUUUCUCUUUUACAACUACAUGGUAGCUAGCUAUCAUACCAUUUCUUAUUAAAUAAUGGUUUGACUGACAAUCUUAUAUGAUUUGGGCCUAAAACACACAAAACCUUGCCGUUGUUAUAAGUUGUCUGAAUAUUAAAUUACACAUACUGUAAACAUAAUCCAACACUAAACUUAACCCCUUUAAAUUCACAGUUUUAUUAAUGCAUAAGACUUUUGCAUACCCUACUUUAUUAUCCUCUAUUCCCCCCUUGUUCUUUAAUGCUCAGGACCCCACAGGAGAGACCACCACACCACAUAGGCUUUUAAUUUAUUCAGUGUGCCUAAUAUGUUCACCACAGUGGAAUAAAAGGUAUAAUGGAAUCAUCACAUUUUUUUUUUUGUUUUUUUUUUUUUAUGUGGUUACUACAUUAUCUUCUGCCUUUUGAAGCAAAUGGAUUUCUCUUGACCUUUUUCUUUUUAAUCAUUACGUCUUGUGCCUUUAUGUUCUAUAUGAAUGUGUAAUUUAUUUACUAUUAUUUGAUUUGAUUAGGUCUGCCUAUGAAUGACCUUAAAUUAGCAUAUUGUGACGUUAGCAGUACUCAUGUACUGUUCAGUUUCUCUAAAUCUCUGAAAAAGGACAAUUAAUACAUUCCCCUUCAAACACAUCACAGUCCAAAUACUUUUAUAAUGUUUUUUUUUCGUUGUUGUUGUCAUUGUUUGUUUAUUGCCUGGGUUUGCCUUUUUUAUUAUUUCUCCAUCUGCAGCUCAAACGUCAAGCUGGUAAUAAUGUUGAACACUGCUUUAUGCACUACUGUUUCUUGAUACAUUUGUUAUUAUUAUUAUUUGUUUCUCAGAGGAUAUAAAGUUUUGUUUUCAUCACUUGUAUUGAAAGCCUUUAAAACAUGUUGAGUGGUGAACUGUAUUUAUGCAUAUGUAAUAAAAUACAGUUUGUAA